CUUUCUAAGAGUUUGUCACCCAUUUAAAAAUGAGCACCGCCAAUUAAUCGGUGGAGAAUAACGUUUAUCCUGGUUUGUCGAGUCUCCAGAUUUCAGUGUCGAUCUGGCGGCAGAGGUGAGUUCACUUGAUCACCUGGGGUCCCCUCUCUCUCUCUCUUUCCGUCAGCCAUCCACCACCAAGUCCAAGCAAGUCACGCGCGAAGCCCGAGUGAGCGAGCGAGGCUGCAGACCCUGUAGACCGAGAUAACGGCCAAGGGAGAGCGACUCUCGUCUGCGUCCUCCCCUGGCCGUCUAUCCAUGCAUCCAUCCAUCCAUCCAUCCAUCCAUCUUUUCCGUGGCUAGUAGCCUCGCUCAACGAGCUAGCCGAGCGAAGACAGACCAGAUAAUAGACCUGCCUGCCUAAUGACUAAUGAGUGACGAAUGAGUGACUCGACGACCUGAGACAAAACCAAUGCUGGGUUUGUUUCCCUACACCCAUCGCCAUUCCAAGAACUGCGGCAUCGGUGUCCAGCUAGCUAUUCAAUGUAUUUGUAGGUGGACCUCGAAUCGAGAUGGCGACGUGAAUGGUCAGAAAGCCGAAAGCCAAUCACGUUCGCUCGCAUCAGUUACAUCCAUCAAUCGUGGGCCAACCAAUUGUUGCUUCACGGAUGAUUCAACCUUGAUGGAGACAUCUGUGAUCUCACGGAUUUGAAAUCAAGGUCUCUCUCUCUCUGUCGGUCUUUCGAUCCGUCGGUCUAAGACCGGAAGCCGCACCCAUGCCAUCCAUGAUGUAAAAACUCCAAGUGCCGAGGAACCUAGGGUCAUCGCCGGUCUCCGCCUACCAUGUCUUCCUCAUUGGAGCAUCGCGUGCGGAAACUCGUCCUGUCUGAUGGACGCACUGUACCGGCUCACCUCCUAUCGCGUCCCGCCUCCUCUGUCAAUCGACACGCCUCCGCGUCCCAAUCUCAAUCUGGGUCCCGAACUUGGGCCGUGACUUCCAUCUCGACUCGGGGGUCGCCUGCGGUAGGGAGUGGAAGUGUCGGAGCCGGUGACGGUUCCUCGGAUUAUGGCGUUGCGUAUUCUCGACCCAGGCAUAACUAUAUCAAUGUUGAGCCGGUCAAAGUGGCACGAGCCCCUGGGGGCGUCAUAAUGGCUCCGCCGGUCUCAAGGGCCGUCUCUUCGAAACCCUCCGUCGAUCAACGUCAGGGUGUGACUGCAUCGCCGACGGGACCGACCGUGCCCGCCAUUCCCCAAAGCCAGGAUGUGAAGCAAUUCAUCAAAGAGCCUUCGUACAGUACCGUACUACAAUUACAAAGAGAGCAAAUGAGUUUGCCUCCGGGCACGACUAUCACUACCACGCCCAAGGCUCCCCCGAGCUCUCGACGUCUUAUUGAAGUCAAUCCACAUCCGGUCUACGCCAAUUGCUCCAAUUAUUCCGAGUUGGAUGGGCCCCGUUCGAGCGAUUCCCAAGGCAGUAUGGAUGAUGACCAUGGUCCAAACUACGCGUCUCCUCCUUCUCCCGUGUCUUCUAGUUACUCUGAAUUACGACAAGCCACUAAAUAUCCGCCGGGUUAUCACUUUCGGUUGUUACAGGAGCAACAGCUCCAUCUCCAACAAUCGCAACAACAAAGCACUUACGAUUCCUUGUACGAACCCAUUCAAGGCACAGACUCCGGCCCCAGUUUUGGUGGACCCAAGUCGGAGCGUGAUAUUUACAAGUCGAGUAGCAGUAAUUCUUCCGAAUAUUCGGACUUUUUUGGACCAUGCUUUCAAUGCAAACACAAAAUUAUCGGCGAAGGAUCGGGUUGCUCGGCUAUGGGUCGAAUCUAUCAUCUUCAGUGCUUCACUUGCCAUCACUGUCACAUUCCAUUACAAGGUCAACCCUUCUACGCUUUAGAUGGCAAGCCCUUUUGUCAAGACGGCUACAUGAGUACCCUUGAGAAGUGUUGCAAGUGCAUGUCGCCUAUCUUGGACCGUAUCCUCCGAGCCACGGGCAAGCCGUAUCAUCCGCAUUGUUUCACGUGCCUCGUUUGCCAAAAGUCUUUGGAUGGAGUGCCUUUCACCGUCGACGCGACCAACCAGAUUCAUUGCAUUGAAGACUUCCACCGGCGAUUUGCCCCCAAAUGUUCAGUUUGCCAGCAACCCAUCAUGCCCGAGCCAGGUCAGGAAGAGACGGUGCGAGUCGUGGCACUGGAUCGGAGUUUUCAUGUGAGUUGCUAUCGAUGCGAAGAUUGUGGUAUGAUACUAUCAUCGGAUGAGGAAGGAUCGGGAUGCUACCCUUUAGACGAUCACGUUUUGUGUAAAACAUGCAAUACCCGACGGAUUCAGCAGCUCACUUCGACGUACUAUUAACGAGCGUGUCGACAUUCAUACAUACAGAAACCCGAUUGCUAGCCAUCUUGAACAAACCUAAAAAUAUAUAUUUUUCGCUCGGA